GGCGUCGUACACCCUCGACGCAAUCAGAAAAAAUGGAUUCAUUACGCUUUCAGGGAUCGCUUCACGGCCACAAGGGAUGGGUUACUGCCAUUGCUACCUCCUCAGAAAACCCCGACAUGAUUUUGACUGCCUCCAGAGACAAAACCAUCAUUGUCUGGCAGUUGACCCGCGAUGACGACUCUUACGGAUACCCCAAAAGAAUCCUUCACGGUCACAAUCAUUUCGUUUCUGACGUUGUCAUCUCUUCCGAUGGUCAAUUCGCCCUUUCUUCCUCCUGGGAUCACACAUUGCGUCUUUGGGAUUUGAACACCGGUGUUACCACUCGUCAAUUCAUCGGCCACACAUCCGACGUACUCUCCGUGAGCUUCAGUGCAGACAACCGACAGAUUGUCUCUGGCUCUCGUGACAAGACUAUCAAGCUCUGGAACACGCUUGGAGAAUGCAAAUACAAUAUCAAGGACGAUGGUCAUUCAGAGUGGGUCUCCUGUGUACGGUUCAGUCCCAACGUUAUGAGUCCUGUCAUCGUUUCCUGCGGAUGGGACAAGGUUGUGAAGGUCUGGGAGCUCUCCAAGUUCAAACUCAAAACUAACCACUAUGGCCACACGGGUUACAUCAACACCGUUUCGGUUUCUCCCGAUGGUUCGCUAGCUGCGUCUGGAGGCAAGGAUGGAAUCACCAUGCUUUGGGAUCUAAACGAAGGCAAACACUUGUACUCCCUUGAGGCAGGAGAUAUUGUUAAUGCUCUCGUCUUCUCCCCCAACCGAUACUGGUUAUGUGCCGCCACCGCCAGCUGUGUCAAAAUUUUCGACCUUGAGAGCAAGUCGAUUGUCGACGAGCUUAAGCCUGCCUUUGCUGACGACGCCCGCCCGCCCGAAUGUGUUUCCAUUGCUUGGUCUGCUGACGGUCAGACCCUGUUUGCAGGCUUUACUGACAACGCUCUCCGGGUCUGGACUGUUACUUCAUAG